GCUGCUGCUGGCGGCGGCGGGGGAAGCGAGAAGGGGGUCCAAGCGAAUCCUUUUCCUGAGGCUUUCCCCCUCAGGCCCCGCACUCAUGCUUGUGUGAGCCCGCCGACCCCCCUCACCGCCCCUUAUUUACCUCACAAAGCCCCCCUGCCCCGGUUCUCUAGGGCGAGGCGGUCGGGACAGGCCCCCCAGGCGGGCGAGGGGAAGGCCACGCGGCUCCGUCCCCACAUCCUCCUCCCUCAGCUUCGGGCCCAACUUUUUUCCCGCCCUUUUUUUUCUCCCCCCCCCCCUUGCGCGAGCCCCCCCCCCUCCACUCUCUUAUUUCCUUCAGGCGGCGGCCCCACCCCCUUCCAGGCAGCGGCGGCGGCCUUCCUUCCGCUUCCGUUGCCCCGCCGAGCCGGAAAGCACGCCCCGGCGUCGUCGUAAAGCGGAAGAGACGGAGCUGGAAGGAGGAAGGCCUCGAGCGCUUUUCGCGACCGACGGCCGCGUGAGGGGGAGGCGGUCGCUUUACGGCAAGCUCGGCCCGCCCGAGAAGAGGCAGAGAGGAGGCAGGGAAGGGCGCGAGGACGAGCGACUGAGGGGCCUUUUCCCCCUCAGAGGUCGGCCGCCAUGGAGGGGGCCGCCGCGGCCGGCGGGAAUUCGAAAGGCUCCGGCCUGGGGGGCCUCUUCGGCGUCGGGGGAGUCGGCGGGCCGGGCUAUUCCCACGCGGACCUGGCCGGAGUGCCCCUGACUGGAAUGAGCCCACUGUCUCCGUAUUUAAAUGUGGACCCCAGAUACCUUAUACAAGACACAGAUGAAUUUAUUUUACCCACUGGAGCUAGCAAAACUAGGGGGAGAUUUGAGCUGGCAUUCUUUACUAUUGGAGGAUGUUGCAUGACAGGAGCUGCAUUUGGUGCACUGAAUGGCCUGCGGCUAGGUUUGAAGGAGACACAAAGCAUGGCUUGGUCCAAGCCUAGAAAUGUACAGAUUUUAAACAUGGUGACAAGGCAAGGAGCGUUAUGGGCCAAUACUCUUGGAUCUUUAGCACUGCUGUAUAGCGCAUUUGGAGUUAUCAUAGAGAAAACACGAGGCGCAGAAGAUGAUCUGAACACAGUGGCUGCUGGGACCAUGACGGGAAUGCUAUAUAAAAGCACAGGUGGACUGCGUGGGAUAGCAAGAGGUGGCAUUGCAGGACUGACGCUCACCAGCCUCUACGCGCUCUAUAACAACUGGGAGCACAUGAAGGGUUCAGUGCUGAGGCAGUCCCUCUGAGCAGAGCUGAGAACUGCAUCUCCUCCUGUAUAGUGCAAUCAGACUUGUGUCCCUUCUUGUGUAUAGCAUGGCGUGGAACGGACACGGAUAGACUGCAGAAAAUCUCACUGUGACAACACCAUUACCACAACUCACCACAUCCUUUGAGCUGACAGGCUACAGGCGUUGGCUGCGAAGGAGGGAGCGUAGCUGUCAGAUUCAAGGUUCUGUCUCCACGGCAUGUUCACUUUUGUUUGGGCCAGUUAUUGCAUUAACCUGGGCCACAUAAACCAUCUCUUCAGUGCUAUCAGGCUUCUGUGUGGUAGUAUCAGUGCUGUAUUUGAAUAAAGAAUGUGUCCUUGAA